UCUUUACAUAGUUCUGAAGAUGAAUUGGAUGUGCUCUUACAUGGAACACCUGAUCAGAAGCGUAAGCUUAUUCGGGAAUAUCUGACUGGGGAGAGUGAGUCCUCCAGUGAAGAUGAGUUUGAGAAAGAGAUGGAGAAGGAGCUGAGUUCUACUAUGAAGACGAUGGAGGGAAGCUGGCAACCUCAACGAACAGCCAGCAGUUCUGCCACCACAUCAGCAGAGGGCAGCAAUCAGCAGUAUUAUGAUGAUGUGUAUUUUGAUUCUGACUCUGAGGAGGAAGGUAAUGUUGUUGAGAACGGAAAGAAGCAAAGAAAGAGACACAAAGUACUAACCAAUGAUGACCUCUUAUAUGAUCCAGAUGAGGAUGAUCGGGAUCAGGCAUGGGUAGAUGCAAAGAGAAGAGGGAACAGGCAAAUGCAUGGACAGCAAACCAAGGUGCAAGCCUUGCCCCAUAGUGAUGCCAUUUUGAAUUGCCCAGCCUGCAUGACUACUCUCUGCUUGGAUUGCCAAAGACAUGAGUCCUACAAGACCCAAUACAGAGCUAUGUUUGUUAUGAAUUGCACCGUCAACAAGAAUGAAGUUCUUAAAUUUCCAGAACAGCCCACAAAGCACAGAAGACGCAAUCGCAAGAAGUUCAAGGCUCAGUUAGCAGACUCUUCUUCAGAAGUACAGAAUACAGAAACAGAAAUGUACCACCCUGUGAAGUGUAAUGAGUGUUCUACAGAGGUGGCGGUUUAUGACAAAGCGGAGGUGUAUCAUUUCUUCAAUGUUUUAGCCAGUCACUGCUAG